AAAACAUAAACACCACUGAACACGAUACUUUUGCGAAGGAUAUUUUGGAUGGUUGCUGACCGGAUAAAAGAGUAUAUGAAACAACUAUGAGAAUAUGCAUGGCAUCGGACUUUUUUUACCCAAACAUGGGUGGAGUUGAAGAGCAUAUUUUCAACCUGUCCCAGUGCCUGCUGGCCCGUGGACAUAAAGUGAUUAUCGUAACCCACUCGUACGGCGACCGCAAGGGUAUCCGGUACAUGACCAAUGGGCUAAAAGUGUACUACAUUCCAAUCAAAGUGUUCUACAAUCAGGUGGUGCUGCCAACGAUGAUCUGCAACGUUCCCCUCAUACGGUACAUCCUGCUGCGAGAACAGAUCGAGAUCGUACACGGACAUUCGGCAUUCAGCACGCUAGCACAUGAAACUAUGAACGUGGCACAAUUACUAGGUUUGAGGUCCGUAUUUACCGACCACAGUUUAUUCGGAUUUGCUGACCUAUCGGCCGUGGUAACCAACAAGUUUUUGGAAAUUUCUCUCGCCAAUUGCAACCACUGUAUUUGCGUGUCCCACACGGGUAAAGAAAACACCGUACUUCGUGCAAAGGUCCACCAGGAUAAAGUCUCCGUGAUACCAAAUGCAGUCGAUACGACAUACUUUACGCCAAACCCAUGUCGUAGGCCGAAUGAUGAUGAAACAAUUAAUGUGGUUGUGGUUUCACGCCUAGUGUAUCGAAAAGGCAUUGACUUACUGGCCGGCAUUCUUCCAAAACUAAAGCAUCUCCCAAACGUGCACUUUAUCAUCGGUGGUGAUGGACCCAAGCGAGCGCUGCUGGAGGAAAUCCGGGAACGUAACAACAUACAAGAUCGGGUCGUAAUGCUCGGUGCGCUGGAGCACGCCAAAGUGCGGGACGUGCUGGUACAGGGGCACAUUUUUCUCAACACCUCCCUGACGGAAGCGUACUGCAUGGCGAUAGUAGAGGCCGCAGCCUGCGGUUUGCAGGUUGUGUCGACCCGAGUUGGUGGCAUUCCGGAGGUGCUUCCUUCUAGCCUGAUCAUCCUCACCGAGCCAACGGUAGAUUCUGUGUACCGGGGGCUUCGGGAGGCCAUUGCACGGGAGAUGGAAAAGAAGCAAAUCACUAGUAGCAGAUACAUGAACGGGUCCAUCGACGGUCUCACACCAACGCCCUCGAAAACGACCUACUCGGGGAUGUGUGCCUUCGAGCGCAACCAAAUCGUGGCCAAUCUGUACAACUGGAACAACGUUACUGAACGUACGGAGAAGGUUUACAAAACAGCUUUACGGGAGGCCCCCAGCUCAUUGGAUUUAAUGAUGAAAAACUGCCUGCGAAGUGGCGUGUGGCCCUUUGUACUAGUCAUCUCGUUGUGCCAUCUAAUAUUACGCUUUUUGGACUGGUUCGUUCCGAGGAAGUACAUUGAUUUGUGCUGCCCGGAAAAUCCGUUCCUCAACACUGACUCCGUGCAGUCGCGCCAACUAAGCGACAACGUGGCCUCGACGGUUCGAAGGAAACGAGAAAAAUUUUCCUGACGCCAGGCGGCCCUCUGCUCUGUGGAUGAAUAGUGCAGGAAAUGGGAGGGCCAGAACAAUACGCACAAAUGUCUUGUGGAGGAAUUAUUUUGUUUUGUGAGAAAAUUAUUUUGGCAAAUUUUUGCUGCCGUCAUGGACAAACUGUAUUAAGCUAGAUAAUCAUAAAAUACUAUUUUACUUCCAUGCGAAAUACAUUAAUCGUAAGUGAUUAGA